AUGGCGGUUCGCCGCUCCGCCCGCUUGCGUAGUGCCAGCGCCCAACCAUCUCCCGCUCCGGAGGCACAGGAGAUCACUCCUCGGCGAGAGAGAAAUUCAAGACUGACAUCCGUCGAGGAACGCGACGAAACACCUGGUCAUGAUCGCCCUGCCAUUCGCACCCCCAUCACCCAGAAAUACCUUCAGAAAACCCCGACCACAUCCGCACACGUAAAGGUCAUCGAGGCGAGAACCCCAACUUCCAACUCGGCUGCGCGUCCUCCUCGGGAGGAAAUGCACCCCAGCAAAGCACAGCAGAGCACUACCAAACAGGCCGACACUGGCCUGAUCCUCGGUUUCAACCCAAUUCGAAAAGAUGCGGAGGGCAACAUUAUGAAGAAUGACCUGGUUGACAACACUCCCUCCAAGUCGAAGGCCUCUCCGGCCCCCUCUCAAUUCGGUACACCUGGCUACGAAUUCAAGUUCGGCCAGGAUUCUCAGCUCAGUGACGAGGCCAAACAACUCAUGAACAGCGUCCGCGAAGAUGUUGCACGAAUCAAAGCGGAGAUGAAACACAGUCAAUCAAAGCAGGAUGCGCAAGACCUCGAGGCCGAAUAUAUGCAUGGCGACCGGAAGAUUGCUAAGCCAAAGGGUAAAGCUAGCCGGUUCAGUGACAUCCACAUGGCUGAGUUCAAGAAAAUGGAUUCCAUUGCUGGGCAUGCUUCGUCUUUCCGUGCUACUCCAGGCCGCUUCCAUCCUGUGACGAAGUCUCUGAAGCGUACCAAGUCCAAGGCCCAGCUCGACGAAGUCGUCGAACCUCACAAUCAGUCCCCUUCACGAUCUCCAGCGAAGUUGUCUACUGUGUCCUUACCUGCCGCGACCACUCCCACGGCCAAACGUGUCAAGCCCAACCCAACAGAGAAAAUAGCAACCGCUCUGCCCCAGUCUGAAAAGAAGAAUGGUACUGUUCACAAGCCUGCUGGUCCACGGUCUCGUCCGAGCAUUCGUAGCUCCCUCAUGACUCCGACCCGGGCAUCCAUGGCACGCUUUGGUUCCACGAGUCUCAAGGCCCCAAAGACCUCGUUGAUCCCUUCUCUUGCACGUUCACCCUCUACCAAGGGAUUGGCUUCCCCUCGUACACCACGAACUGAGUUCAAUCCACGCCUCAAGAGCAAUCUGCCAACCUUAGGAAAUCUGAAAUCAAUUUUGCGCAGGCGUCAACCGUUGUUCUCCCGUGACCCGUCGAGGAUCGCAGCUGGCACACAUAUAACUGCUCCUGACUUUGAUCCUGACUCUCUCUUGGACAACCGGGCUGAAAUGACCGACUCGGGGCCCACGCCCUCGCCAAAGAAGCAUGUUGAGUUCACACCAAGUGUCAAAUCUCGCUUUGAGCUGGCUCAAGGCUCGCCUACCCGGUCAAAGAUUCCCACUACCCCGUCUCGAUCAUCCAAUCUGUCCCAGAUCACUUACCCCACCCUUCCUACACUCACUCCGGAGCACAGUGCGGAUGUUUCUAGCGCGAUCGAAUCCCACCAUGCUAAAUCACCCAGUAUUCGCCACGUUCGUCAGUCAGAGGCUGAUGAGCAAGAAGCUGUGUAUCCCGAGCUUUCCAUCGUAACCCAUGGCAUUGCCCAUGGAAUUGGCAAUAAGAAGAGACAUCGGGAUGAGGUGGAUGAUGAUGACCUUCCACAAGAUGAAGACACAGAGAACGUCCCGCCAAAGGAUACCCAGUCCGAGGAACGUGGUGCGAAAAGACAAAAGGCAAAUCCGCCAACACCCAGCCCCAUCAAAUCCCGUUCCAUCAAGACCCCUGUUCGUCCCAGCUCGAUUCGUGUGAGUACUCCCACCAGCACAACCGCGUCUACCAAGCAAAAGUCUCGCGGUGUAUUGAGUCUGAGUCGCUUGAACAUGCUCGCCAAACCCAAGGGACGCGUUUGA